GUUCGUCAUUCGCGUCCCCGCCCUCUGAUAAUGCAGCAUGGGGGAGAGAGCGCAACAAAAUGAAGGACUUCGCGGCCAUCGAGGGUCUUCAUAGCAAAAUAGACUAAACGACUCUUUAUGGUUCUCGGAUGGUGAUGCACAAUGCCGAUAGUGGACAAACUCAAGGAGGCCCUGAAGCCAGGGCGAAAGGACUCAGGCGAUGAAGGCGACCUGAACAAGCUGCUGGCCUCCUCUGCCAAGAAGGUCCUGUUGCAGAAGAUUGAAUUCGAGCCAGCCAGCAAGGGCUUCGGCUACCAGCUGGAGACCCUGAAGACCAAGUAUGUGAUCUUGAACCCCAAGAAUGAUGGGGUGUCGGCCCAGAGACCGGCAGAGCCUGCCCUCAUCAAAAGACAGGCUCUAACCGACGUCAAUCUUCGGACAGUGUCGGAAGGCCUUAGUGGGGGUCAAGGUGAUGGCAUCCCUGCACCGCAGAAGCUGCUCUUUCCAGGGAACAAGCUCUCCAUGAAGUGGGAGCGGGUGUACCGGGUCGGAGCCGGCCUCCACAACCUGGGCAACACUUGCUUCCUCAACUCCACUGUGCAGUGUCUCACCUACACACCGCCGCUGGCCAACUACCUGCUGUCCAAGGAGCACAGCCGUGCCUGUCACCAGUCAGGAUUCUGUAUGAUCUGUAUAAUGCAGAAUCAUAUCAUCCAAGCCUUUGCCAACACAGGCAACGCCAUCAAGCCUGUGUCCUUCAUCCGCGACCUGAAAAAAAUUGCUCGCCACUUCCGGUUUGGCAGCCAAGAGGAUGCCCAUGAAUUUUUGCGCUACACCAUCGACGCCAUGCAGAAAGCUUGUCUUAAUGGUUACCCAAAAUUGGACAGGCAGACGCAGGCCACUACACUUGUCCACCAGAUCUUUGGGGGUUACUUAAGAUCAAGAGUGAAGUGCUCCAUUUGUAAAAGUGUGUCAGACACGUAUGACCCCUAUCUGGACAUAGCAGUGGAGAUUCGGCAAGCAGCCAACAUCGUACGUGCCCUAGAGCUGUUUGUCAAGCCAGACGUUUUGAGUGGUGAAAACGCCUACAUGUGUGCCAAGUGUAAGAAGAAAGUGCCGGCAACAAAGCGGUUCACAGUUCAUAGAACGUCGAAUGUGCUCACGUUGUCCCUUAAACGGUUUGCCAACUUCAGUGGGGGAAAGAUUACCAAGGAUGUUGGCUACCCAGAGUUCCUGAACAUUCGUCCAUACAUGUCUCAGAGUUCAGGAGACCCAGUGAUGUAUGGCCUCUAUGCAGUCCUAGUGCAUUCUGGGUACAGCUGCCAUGCUGGCCACUACUACUGCUAUGUUAAGGCCAGUAAUGGACAGUGGUACCAGAUGAACGACUCGAUGGUACAUUCCAGUAACAUCAAGGUCGUGCUCAAUCAGCAGGCUUAUGUCCUCUUUUACCUGAGGAUUCCUGAAAAGAAGAACACAGAUGGUCCAAGUGUAAAGCAAAACCUGGUGCAUUCUGGGAGGGCUAAUAUGACUCCUGAACAGCUGAAGAAAAUUACGCUGAACGGACCAUUGUCGUCUCCACAGGUUACCAAGAAACUGGACACUGCUCAGCUGAGGAAGAUCCAGUCUGUGGAUGGGGGUCUGGGUGUGCCUGUUGCUCGAAACGGCUGUGGCGUCCAGUCACCCAAGCUAGCUAACGGCACGCCUGCUGCCCACGCUGGAUCCAGGAUUCCGGGUGGCCCAUCACUGAUUGAGGAGCCCUUCAAAAAACUGAAGAAGCCCGCUCCUCAGCCCCAGGCCCGUGGCUCUGCACCUAGCGCGUCCUCGAACGGGAUCGCCAAGUCCGACCCCGACAAGAGAGGCAGCGGCGAGGGCCGCAGCCUGGUGCUGUCUACCUCACUCAAGUCCCUGUCGGACUCCUCGUCAGCGGACACCUCCUCAGAGUCCAAGGAAUCGAUCGGCACCAGAAGUGCUCCCGUGGGAGAUGUGUCCACCCUCUCCAAGAGCGGCGUGAACGGGACGGCCUCUCCAGCUAAAAGUGCCGAGCGAGCAGCUACAGAGGAGCAGAAGUCAGUGAAGCUGAAACCACCGGCCCUCACCAACAUCUCGUCCGAACCCAACAGCACCAUGUCUCCUCCUCCCGCCAAGAGGCUGGCCCUGUCCGCCAAGAAGGCCAGUCCCAGUCUCAGCCUCAGCCGGACCCCGAACAACAGCAGCAGCAACCGCAGCAGCAGCACUGAGGCAUCGCCUUCCUCAUCACAUCAUCAGUCCCGUGACCCUACGCAUCCAGCUGAUUUUCACCAUCUUGCCCCCGCUUCACCUUCUCAACACCACAGGGUUCCAUUCCAUUCACCCAAGCUGCAGCCUCCACCUGUGACCCAUCUCUUUAAAAACACAAGCCCCCUUAAACAGCUCUCCUCUUCCACAAAGAAUCCCACACUCUCUUCGCCAGUCAGCGAGUAUAAGCCCCACCCUACCAGCAUCGCUGGACCAAUCAAGAAAACUGUGGAGUCCAGUACAGGCAAUUCUGAUGGACUUGGCAGUCCCGUGUUGAAGAUAAAGAAGAAGAAAAAGAAGCGGCGCCACUCGCAAGUAGAAGCCCCUAUCAGUGAGCUUCCUGCCAAACCCCUGCAGGAGGAGCCAGUGAGCAGGCGUGAAAAGAAGAAAGAAAGAAAACGGAAGAAAAGGAAAAGAGAGGAAGAGCUGAACGGACUUGAGGCUCAGAGAGAGGGGGUGCAGUCCCAUCUUGAGCCAUCACCUCAAGAUGAAGACUGGUGCCUUGGAGACACAUGGGGGAUUAGUGUAGAUGCUAAAGGAAGUACCCAACGGCCAAAAAAGCAGUCAGAACCAUCCACAGAACCAAAACUGUCUCCGCCCAAGGCCCAACCCGAGAGUCAGUCAACACCCCACCAGACUCUACCAUUACUUUCUGCUGGACCAGCCCUGCAGGGCUCCACCUUGAAAAAGAAAAAGAAGAAAAAGAAGAAGCAGCUCAGAGAGGAGCUGGACGAGACCGAGGGCGAACCUGAAAUUUCUAAAAGUAGUGCUGGAAGAAAUGGGAUGAUGCAAAUGGAUGCAGAGUUGGGGGAUUUGAGUGAGUCAAAGAAGAAAGCCAAAAAGAGGAAAAGAGAAGAGGCAAAGCUGAUAGAAGCUGGAGAAUCUCAUGAAGACCCUGCUGGAGAUAAGCUGUUUGGUCAGAACCAUAUGGAGAGAGAGAAGUGCAAACCUACCACAGGAUUAGCAGCUGUGGUGGUCUGGGACAACCAGGUUCAAGACGGCUACAAGCUCAGCAAGAGCUCUGCGGGAUCCGAAGACGCAGAUGAGAAAAGGCCUCGUCCUGCCUCCAUGGCCUGGGAUGGCAAGAAGAGCUCUGAUGUGCUCGAGGAGCUCCUUAAGAACGCCACAGAUAAAGCUUAUGGAACUGAAGUCCUCAGCUGGGAGGGAGAGCGCUCUGCAAUCAGUAGAGACGCCAUCGAGGAUGCACGCUACGCUAAACAUGACACAGUAGUUGAUGAAUGGGACGAGGACUUUGACAGUGGAAAGGUAAAGAAAAUAAAGAAGUACAGAAAAGAGAGGAGAAGAAGUGGAAAUGUCUUCCAGAAAAUCCAAGACCGUCGCCAAAUGUGGUCUGUCACACCAGGAGGAAGGAGGAACAGUUUGGGGUAUCGCUACUGACGUGAGGGUUUCGAGAUGAGAUCUUGCUCGUGCUCCCUGGCUGACAGCUUGCCUUAUUGGACAAGAAACUGCGUGGUCUCUCAGAGGACCGCAAAGUACUGUGAAGUAGAGGCCAAAGUCAUCUCUUGGGGCUGAGUCCAGUGUUUGGAGUCCAGACCACUUCAUUGUGGCAUUAGGGUCAGGUCAGCGUAAUAAAUGACUUUAGCCACACUGAUCCAGCUGAUGUCUGUGAUGAGAUACUGUACUGUAGCCACUACCUUGCUUAUCAGGACAGGAGGAAAAUAUGACCUGAAAACUGACAGUAAUGGGUAACGGUGCUUUUAUGGGCUACUGGCACAUUCGGGCGUAGACCACUGUUUCGUACUGCCUCCCACUUUAUUGACGCAGGAGCAAAACCAUGCUUUUUUUGUUGGUGUGUUUGUUUUUUUUUUGUCUAUUUUAGUUUUUUUUUAAGCUCUUUGAAGCACAGUGCUGAAUGUUGGACAUUUUAGGAGAACAUUUCCCAAGUCAGAAGUAAACUCAGAUAUCCAGAAGAACAAUACAGUACAUACCAAAUAUGUAAGAACACCAUCAAUCAUCUCUCAGCAGUGAGUGCUUCUGAACAAUGUGAUCAUUUAUACUUAUUUUUCUUUUAUUAUUUUUUAAUUAUUUACAUAAUUUGGAAUUCUUCGGAACCAAAUAGACUGUUCAUCACUGAAAUAUUGAAAUGUAAGCCUUGCUUAACGCAUUGCCCUUU